AUGGCUGAUUUUCUAGCUCUUGUGGAUUUCGCCUUCGUGUGUGCUGAGGUGGACUGGGUGGUUGACACACCGCAGCCCAUCAAGCCUGCUGACCCCGUCAGAGCUGACGGGGAUACUGAUGAUGCAUGGGCUCAAAAGAAAAGGGACCAUGCUCCUGUGGAGAUGUCCUACGCCUUAGAGAACAGAAAGUGGCAGACUGCCAACAAAAAGUGCAUGGCUUUCAUAAAGAACACAAUUGAGAACGCCAUAGUGGGCUCAAUUACAGAGUGUGCUUCCGCUGGGGAGUACCUAGAAAAGAUAAAGAGCCAGUUCACUGGUUCUUCAAAGACAUAUGCAACCCAGCUGUUGAAGCAGCUGGUGACAGAAAAGUAUACUGGAGGUGCACAUGGCAUCAGGGAGCACAUCCUCAGGAUGAGCAACAUGGCUGCAAAGCUGAAGCCCAUGGAUGCUCGACUCGGAGCUGAAGCUCGCACUUCGGUUCACUUGGUGAUGGCUUCAUUGCCACAACAGUUUGACAAUUUUGUCAUCAAUUACAACAUGAGUCCUGAGAAAUGGGACAUUGAAAAGACCAUUGCCAUGUGUGUGCAAGAGGAGGAUAGACUCAAGGCACAGAAUGGAGCAAUAUGGUAA